UUUUGUUUUUUAGUCGCGGAUUUCACGCAGCAGCUGUCUUCAGUCCACGAGCAGCAUGCAGAAGAGCUUCAAAUGUUGGUCGAGACUUUUCGAAAGAGAAAUGCUGAGCUACGCCGCGAAAGGCCUCCUUAUCACAGUACCCUCUUCACCAGCUGGGAAGUGCUUCUGCAAGAAAUAGAAGUUGAUUCACAGGUACAUGGAGAUAUUGCUAGAAGCCUUGGUCGGCAAGUGGGAAUGAUGCUUCUGGAGAAAACCUUCCACAGGAAGAUCCAAUCCAGAAAAAUAUUUCUUCAUCGUGAGAGCUUUGAAACAAUACUGAGCAAAGCAGAAGAGCUUUUAAACAAAUGCCAUCAAGACUAUACUGAAGCUUAUAAUAAUUUAAUAUCUCAUCGGAGUCAUACAAAGCUAGCAGAGUAUUAUGACAUGCAUAACGCUUACGUGCAACAAUUGCACGCAGCGAAUGGCAUGAUAGACCAUUAUAUCAAGGAGACUUUACCUAAGCUGUUAGAGGAAUUAGAAGAAGUAUAUACUGAUUUGAGUGAUACAAUAUCAGGGGCUAUUUUAUCAGCUGCCGAAAUGUUAGUUAGUAAAUCUAGGGAGCAGGGAACUCACUACGAAAACAUCGCCGCUGCCGCGCAGGCUGUCAAAACUAAGGCAGACUUGGCGAACUUCAUCCGUUCCUUAAACGUGGAAAAGGUAUCCCAGCCAGUCACAAAACAUUUAUACAAUCCGCCUUAUAUGGAAAAUGAUCCUGCGCAAAUGGAGGCCGGAAUGAUGCUGAGGAAUGAACUAGUUAUAGACAGAUUGUCACAGCUGCCAAACCGAUCGCAGACGUUGAAACAAGACAUCUCGAAUCUCGAAGCUCAGAUCAAGCAACUUCAAGAAGCUGUCGAGUCUAUGGAGCGACUACAACGGCGGAGCUUAGAAUCAUGCUUGUUCAAUAAAGCAAAUGAAUUACAAGAAGAUGUGAGCUUAAAGAAAUUUGACUUGCAAGUUGCUUUCAUACAUCUUGCUGCCGUGAAAGCGCAGUUGGAUCUGUUUACAUCCAGUAAAAAUGAUCAGACUCUCGAUGGCAAUCACUUAAAGGAACGGAAACAGUCUACUGCCAGUACAGGAAGCGGUACUGCGAAGAACAAGUGGUUGAAAGCCUUCCUAAAUUUGAAAACUGCCAGUAGUGGUAGCCUUGCAGACAAGAAUGAUGGUGACAAGAAGAGCGGAAAGAGUGGUUCCCGCCCCUUGUCAGCUGUACCCGGCACUCUGGACGUAGCACACGUGUUUCAAGAAUACACAUACAAAAAAAUAACUGCUUGUGAUCAUUGUAAAGAAAUACUUAGAGGUCAUUCAAGGCAAGGUCUAAAAUGUAAGAUGUGCAAGCUAAACGUACAUGCUGAAUGCCAAGACAAAAUUGGACCCUGUCAGCCAAAACCGCGACUGUUGCGAAGACAGAAGUCCACAUCAGAAAUUGAAACCAAAAUUCCAGUCCCUGAACCGGAGGACGAAACACCACACAGUCCCCAAAGGAAGAGAUUAUCUCUUCGCAUGAAAAGCUUCUCUCUGGACAGCCCAGAGUCAAGUGAACAUGUCCAUAGAAGGCAACACUACCAGCUGGGUCAGUCAACUUCGCACUGCAGCUCACACAGCCAAUCUCCUCAGAGUCCGGUGCACGGUAGCCGGAGGCAUCUUUUGUCUGCCAAAAACGUUCGCAUGAGUUCCGUGGAUUUGCCGGAUGAUAAUGAAAAGUCCUUGAGUUCUGCUUCGACAUCGCCUUGUCCUUCACCGAAACCGCACCGCCUCUUACCGACCAAUUUAUAUGUAGUGUUGUACAAUUUCAGAAGUCGUCAUCCCGACGAGAUUGAUCUAAAGGCUGGGUGUAUAAUUACAGUAACUGAUACGAGUGACGCUGACUGGUGGCAGGGAAAAUGUAUGGGAAAAAUUGGAUACUUUCCAUCAAAAUACGUGACGAAGCUACAUUCUGGUGAACAGCCAUUACAAGUCAUUCACACAGUGCAUCUAAAUGACGGCGGAAAUAGCGUCAAACUUCUUAACGAACAAAUUAUUAUUCAAAUUGGAGAUGAAAAGGAUGGUAUGGUUAUGAUCCGAACUGGUGCUAAUGACAAGACAUAUGCAUGUCCUGUCAAGUAUCUCAAGGAAGUAUGAGCACUACUGACAUUUUCACAACUAUAUCCUACUUGCUAAUAUAUUAGCACCACCAAAUGGAUCUUAUCAUAACUGCCUAUAUCACUAACAGAAGAUAAACGAAAUAUUUAUUUUGAUGAUGUGAACAUUCUAUACAACAAUGCCUCCUCUUAAUUAUUACUCACAGAGCUUAUAUUACUAGAGAAAGUUUUCUAUAUAAUCUGUGAUGUUAUCUGUACAUUUAAUAUUAUGUAUUAAAACCUGCAAACCUCAGCUGUUUUGAGGAUAUCUGUAGGAUGGAUUUUGUAGAAAACAAAAUGCUGAAAUAGCUACUAAAUUUUCUUUCAGAAAAACUGAAAAUAUUUUUUAUGAAAGAGAUAAUUUUUUGUGAUUUGAUUAAAAUUAUUUUGAAUUUAUGGAGCAAAAUCAAAUUAAACCUUUAAAACAAUAUAAAACAAUCACCUAUAAUGCAAAGUGCAUGUUGGAUGUUAUUAGUAAAAAUUGUGAAUACUAUAAAAACUGUUACGAAUUUGCAGCUGCCUUUGUGUCUGUAAUUUUAUUUAGUAACGUGCAUAUUUUCGCUAAUAAUCCAGUCUGAUUUAUUCUUUAUGUGCUGAAAGCAACAUAAUCAUUAAAAAUUAAUACGUCAUUCAUAAUAUUUUUUUCCUUCUACAGCAAUUAGAUAUCUAUUUUGUAUGUAUCCUAUACAAAUUAAGUGUUUUUUAUGUGUCUACAGGUACAGGCAUACCUUAUUUUACAGACACUGAGACUUCGUCAUAAACUGAAUACUUCUUGCACUCCCUUAAACCAUCCGAUACAUAUUACAAGAAUCGUUUUAACAACCACGAUUGUUCCUUUUAUGUAUUAUAAAUCUAGAAAAUCCCAUAAUAUUUCAGAUAGUUUCAUUAUUAAAACAGUGUUGAAACAAGGUAAAUAAUAAGUCAUACGAUGGCUUCUAAAUAUUGAGUGAUUUAUUAUUUGAAUCUCCAGAAGACUAUGAUAUAAUUUUAUCUACUUUUAAAACUAUUAUCAUUCUCGUGAAUUCUCUUUUUUCGGGAUAUUACAAUAUCUAUACAGGGUGUUUGUAAAGUUUCUAUACAUUUUUGCUUAAACAGUUUUUAUUCUGAAAUAUAAAUUAUUUACAUGAAAAUGCAACAUAAUAGAACAUGUACCCCCUCCCCGAGUUUCUAGCUACAAUUGGCACCGUUCCACUAUACUCUAGAACACCUUAUAUAAAGUUGUGUAAUUUCAGUUGCGGCAGCCAUAAUUCGCUGUUUUAAUUAUUCAAUGCUGCCAUUCUUCACUCGGUAAACUUUGGAUUUGACAAAACUCCAUACGAAAAAGUCUAGGAGAGUUAUCUGGUGAUCGUGCAGCCCAAAGCCGUUGAGAGCCACGGAAAAAUAUGGAGAUGCCCCAUACUAUUGGUGGACAACAGUGUCAAUAAUGCCAUCUGAUACUAGCUGUGGCAACAUAUCGAGAUAAAUUUCUCCAGUGAUGGUCCUUUCUGCAAGCAUAAAAGCUCCACAAAGUUUAGUUAUUCUCCAUCCAUACAUUAACAAGUUAACUGUGGCGCUCUCGUUUCAGAGUGCGCACCGCUUUGUGUCGCCAGAAUCGAGCCAUGACGAGUAUAUUUUCCAAUCACAGAGUAAGUUGCGCUGGUAAGAUAUUGGAUGAAAAAGAUGGAUUUAUUUUAUAAAAUUGAAACUUUUAUUACUAAC